UUGAACUUUGUGAUUGGCGCGUAAUGUGGAUCCAAAUUCUGAAACACUUGUGCGCUGCAUUUCCAGUACUUUCUAAAAGCUGUACAUAGUUGAAGUGACACGGAUUUUUUAAGGGAAUUAUUUUAUGGUUCCAGUGAUAAAUUAGCAAGAUUUGUUAAUAGGAGAACUUGAGAACUCGGUUAAUCAAGUUUGUGGACUAGUUGUAAAACAGUCGUGGUGGUCGAGAGAGCAAAGCUUUUCAGAAUAAGGGAUUGUAUCUUGUCCUGAUGUGUCUACUGAUGUUGCGCUGCCAUGUGGUUCUGUUAUCAGUGAUUUGCGUGCGUGAGUUAUUACUGAUUGACUGCAGCAGAUGAAUGAGGACUGAAAAAAAGCUGCAAUGAAAUUGCUUGCAUCGUCAGGUGACGUUACAAAGGAGUGAUGCAGUGAACUAGCAAGUAAAUGACAUAAUAAACGCAGACAAGAGAUAGAGAUAUAUAGAAAUUGUAGUAUAUAUGGAGAAAGAAAAUUUAAGAGGGAAGCCACGGAAGGAUGAAAGGUGGAGAAAGGGAAGUGCUGAAUAGAUGAGAAUAACCAUGAAUAAAUCACACAAAAAAAUAUGGAGAAAGAAAAUAUUAGAAAAGUAAUACGUAAAAGUGAAAGGUGAAAAAAAAAAAUGGGGAGUACCGGUGUGAAAAUAUUUACUUUAGGGGAACUAAAAAGAAAAAAAAAACAUAAAUUACAGAAAAUAUAAAAAGAGUAACACAGAAAGAAAUAAAAUUAUGAGAGAUUAGAGUCCUGUAAAACCGGAUGUAAGGCCACCAGUCCGAACGUUUGCUACGACUCAGCUGAUCAACAACAGUCGGAGGUGAUUGUAAAUAAUAGUCAAUACUCCUUCAAUUUUCACUCUAGGCUAUCAUGUCAGACAUCCUGGAGGGCAGCACUGGCGGGGCGGGCGGCCUAGUCGUUCGCAAGACCCGGGACGAUGAUGCCACAUUCAAACGACCAGCACCUCCACGUGGCUCCCUGCUGGGCCUGGACAAGCUGGCAGCGCUGAGGAAGAAGAUGCGUGAGGAUAAGGGUGAUACACUCACAUCCUCCAAACGUAAACACACAUCGUCCUCCUCCUCCAGUGACUCAGAUGAUGAAAACGGUGCAGGGCAGAAAAUUAAAGGCAAGGAGAGGGAGUACCGCAGUAGAUAUGAUGAGACACCAACCUACACAGGUGGUGUGGACCGGGCAGCGCGGGACAGGAUUGUGGAGAAGCAGAGGAGGCAACGGGAGAGGGGUGUGGCGGCCUACAGCAAGGACAAGAAAGAGGAUGGCCGCAGUGGAGGUAGGAGGCACAGAGACAGAGACAGAGACAGGGACAGAGGCAUGGGUGGAGACAGAAGAGACAGAGACAGGGAGAGAGACAGAAACAAGGACAGAGACAGGGACAGGGACAGGGGCAGUGAGAGAAGCCAUCAUCGCCGAGACUACAGUGAGAGGAGUGUGCGGCGUGAUGAAUCUGAACGAUCCUCGUAUGACUGGUCAGAACGAUCCAUACGCACUCCAAGAUUCUCCGAUGCCCCAGAGACACCUCGCAUCCCUGGAGUAAAGGACACCCCCUCUCAUUCCCCAUGGGAUGAAGAAGACAACACACCCUACAAGGUCUCCUCCUGGGACCUGCCCACACCCUCUGGCAGCCAGCGUCGCCACAAGGACAAUGACUGGUCCCUGCGAGUAGUUCCACAGCGCACUCCCCUACCCACACCCUCCUACAAGGACAAUGUCUGGAUGGAAGGACACAAAGGCGCUGCAAACUUUGAGGACGAGGAGGAGCGUGCGCGCUGGGAGGAGGAGGAGCGCCGCCUGGACCGCCAGUGGUACGCGCUGGACCAGGGAUAUGACGACACCAACAACCCCUUUGCUGAUGUUUCUGCUGAGUAUGAGCGGAAGAAGACAGAGAAAGUGGAGAAGAGCAAGCGAAAGAUGAGUGCUAAGCAGCGUCAGGUUCACAAGGACAAUGAGCUGUGGGAAACAAACCGCAUGCUGACCAGUGGUGUUGUACAAAAAGUGGACUAUGAUGACGAUUUUGAGGAGGAAUUCACCAACCGAGUCCACAUCCUGGUGCAUAACAUUGUGCCACCCUUCCUGGAUGGCCGCAUCGUGUUCACCAAGCAGCCCGAGCCGGUGGUGCCUGUGCGGGACUCCACCUCUGACAUGGCCCAAGUCUCCCGCAAGGGGUCGGCUGCUGUGCGUGCCAGGCGAGAACAGCGUGAGCGGCGGAAGGCGGCUCGCAAGGAGUGGGAGCUGGCAGGCACUCAACUGGGGAACCUGAUUGGUGUGAAGAAAGAGGAUGAGAAAGAUGAUCGGCUCAUUGAGGAGGGACAGACAGACUACAAAGCUGACCAGAAGUUUGCCGAGCACAUGAAAGGCACCGGCGAGGCAGCAAGUGACUUUGCACGCCGCAAAACAAUUCAGGAGCAGCGGCAGUUUCUUCCUGUGUUUGCCGUGCGGGAGGAGCUGCUGCGGAUCAUUCGGGAGAACUCGGUGGUGGUGGUGGUGGGUGAGACGGGCAGCGGCAAGACCACACAGCUGACCCAGUACCUGCAUGAGGAUGGCUACAGCUCGCGGGGUGUCAUAGGAUGCACUCAGCCACGCCGUGUUGCAGCCAUGUCUGUGGCCAAGCGUGUGUCUGAUGAGAUGAGGACUCACCUUGGGGAUGAGGUAGGCUAUGCUAUUCGUUUUGAGGACUGCACCAAUGAACAGACAGUCAUCAAGUACAUGACAGACGGCAUAUUGCUCAGGGAGUCGCUGCGGGAAAGUGACCUGGACCACUACAGUGCCAUCAUCAUGGAUGAGGCACAUGAACGUUCGCUGAGUACUGACGUGCUGUUUGGUCUGCUGAGGGAGGUGGUUGCACGUCGCACCGACCUGAGGCUGAUUGUCACCUCAGCCACCAUGGAUGCCCACAAGUUCUCGGCUUUCUUUGGGGAGGUUCCAGUUUUCAACAUUCCCGGCCGUACCUUCCCUGUGGAGACUUUCUUCUCCCGGCAUGUGGUGGAGGACUACGUGGAGGCAGCAGUGAAGCAGUCACUGCAGAUCCACCUCCAGCAUGAGGAAGGCGAUGUGCUGGUCUUCAUGCCGGGCCAGGAGGACAUUGAAGUGACCUGUGAACUGCUGGUGGAGAAGCUGGCAGAAAUCGACAAUGCUCCACAGCUGGCUGUCCUGCCCAUCUACUCUCAGUUGCCUUCAGAUCUGCAGGCCAAGAUAUUCCAGCGAGCACCAGAUGGCCUCAGGAAGUGUGUGGUGGCCACUAACAUUGCCGAGACAUCCCUCACCGUGGACGGCAUCAAGUACGUGGUUGACUCGGGCUACUGUAAGCUGAAGGUGUUCAAUCCCCGGGUGGGCAUGGAUGGUCUGCAGGUGUACCCAGUGUCACAGGCCAAUGCCAACCAGCGCAAGGGACGAGCUGGCCGUACAGGGCCCGGGAUGUGCUACCGUUUGUACACAGAGCGACAGUACAAGGACGAACUUCUGGAGUGCACUGUGCCAGAGAUCCAGCGCACCAACCUGGCCAAUGUUGUGCUGCUGCUCAAAUCCCUGGGUGUGGAGGACCUGCUCAAGUUCCACUUCAUGGAUCCUCCACCACAGGACAACCUGCUCAACUCCCAGUACCAGCUGUGGACUCUGGGGGCUCUGGAUAACACAGGCUUACUGACACAGCUGGGCCGUGCCAUGGUGGAGUUUCCGCUGGACCCAGCACUGUCCAAGAUGCUGCUGGCCGGCGUGGACAUGGGCUGCUCUGAGGAGAUUCUCACCAUUGUGUCCAUGCUGUCUGUGCCUGCACUCUUCUAUCGCCCCAAGGGACGUGAGGAAGAGGCAGAUGCCAUGAGAGAAAAGUUCCAGGUGCCGGAGUCAGACCACCUCACCUUCCUCAACAUUUACCGGCAGUGGCGGCUGCAGCAGUACUCCUCGGGCUGGUGCACCAAGCACUUCUUGCACUUCAAGGCUCUCAAGAAGGUGCGGGAGGUGCGGCAGCAGCUGCAUGACAUCAUGGACCAGCAGCGACUCAGCAUGACAAGCUGUGGCACCGAUGAGGACCUGGUGAGGAAGUGUGUGUGUGCUGCCUACUUCCACCAAGCAUGCCGACUCAAGGGCAUUGGCGAGUACGUGAACCUCCGCACGGGCACACCCUGCCACCUGCACCCCACCUCGGCACUGUUCGGCAUGGGGUACACGCCAGACUACAUCGUGUACCACGAGUUGGUGAUGACCAGCAAGGAGUACAUGCAGUGUGUGACGGCCGUGGAGGGCAACUGGCUGGCCGAGGUGGGUGACAAGUUCUACAGCGUGAAUGAGGGUGGCGCCUCACGCAUGGAGAAGCGGAGGCAGGCACUGGCACACAAGGCGGCCAUGGAGGCAGAGAUGGACCGUGCCCAGGACACUCUCAAGGCCCGGGCUGAGGAGCGCAAGCGGCAGCAGGAGUCAGCGCGGCGCCAGCAGGUGUAUGACAUGGGCACGCCACGCCGGCAGAAUAGCUCAGCGCGAUUUGGCAUCUGAGUUGUGGGUCAGGGUGGCAAUGGAAACAUCAUAUCACAUCAGUUAUUUUAUUAUUUCUAUUCUUCAUGUGAAGUAUGUAAAUAAUUAAUUACAUUUUGAUUUUGUUUUCCUAUAAAUUUAUAUUUAUAUGAAAAUAAAUUUGUUUAGUAAAAUGUACCUAUUUUCCAGUUUAUACAUUUGUCUGUCAUAUAUAUAUAUAUAUUUUUUUUUUACCAGGGAACACCUUGUAUGUUCUGGCACUUUGUUUGGUAGGUAUUAAAAAGUGCAUUAACUUGUGUGUAUCAGUGUAUACGAGUAUGGUGCCAUUACUGUGUGUGUGUGUGUGUGUGUGUGUGUGUGUGUGUGUGUGUGUGUGUGUGUGUGUGUGUGUGUUAUAGUAAACCACAAAAUUCAGAAACUUGUGCCUCAAUGAAGCUGAAUAAAGACUGGACAAGGAA